AUGGCUACUAUAGAGUCAGCAUUCGAUACGCACCUACCCACCUUGGAUACGGAUCUGGAUCGAUACUCACCAUUAUCUUCCCCUCGAGAGUGUCCAUCAUUGACAGACAGCUUUGGCUCCUCGUCUUGGGCGUCAGGGAAGCACAGCGGUGCGGUGACCCCAACAACCCCAGUCACUGCCAUGUCCUCAGCAGCGCAGUUCAACCAGAGGAAGGUUCAGCUCACCCCUGAUACACCUUUCGGCUUUUCAAGAAGGGAUCUUGCCGAUAUAUUUUGGGAACCAGAACCUCACAUACCUGCCACCACGUCAUCAUUUAUGUCAGCCAUCACAGAGGCCGAGCUUCCAUACUACCCCAUGUACAACGUUGGCAUGGGUAAUCCGCCUUUGUCAAGGCCAAUGUUUGACAUUCCCGACGCCGAGGAGGACUUCUCAUGGUCGUCCCAUCAAUUAUCCUCACCACAACAGACCAUCGCGCCUAGCGCCACUUUCCAAGCUCCUCUUCUUGGCAGCUCGCCGGUCCCAAAGCAUGAGCCGUGCACGCCGACCAGAAGGAACAUCCAUACCUCAAGUAUACUUGGCAGUAGUCCACUCGGACUUGUGACGCCGGUCGUACCCUCUCAGCACCAUGUAGAGGAGCUCAAGUAUGAAGAGCCUGAGUGGGCCAUGCUUUCGUCAGAGCUUAGAUGCCGACGAACAUACGACAGAAUCUCACGACGGCCGUAUGAAAGGAAACGAUUGGGUGGCUCAUUCAAACCCAAACCAGUCCACAGCUCCAAAAGCAAGUCCGGCAUCGAUUGCGAGGUGAUUAUCGCCUCGAACGAAUUCGCCUGCAGCUACCCAGGAUGCGUCGACAAAAGCGGUCAACCCAAGCGUUUCAAACGCCAGGAGCACAAGAAGCGUCAUGAAAAGACCGUGCAUGAGAAGAGUGAGCAUGGGAUGUACAAGUGCUGGGUAGGAGGUUGCAAGACUGCUCCCUUCACCCGUACCGAUAACCUCAAGUCUCACUUGAAGAACACGCAUGGCAAGAAAUCGCCCAACCAGAGGAAUCGUUAUGUGGCAACCCAAGACAGGGCCAGCGUUCACUACGAUCCAGACUGGAUUGGCGAGCUCACUGAAGAUGGUUAUCCUGUACGAUGA